AUGGCCUCCCUCUUGGAGCUUGCCUGCAUCUACUUGACCCUCAUCCUGCACGAUGAUGAGAUGACUGUCCCGGAGGAUAAGAUCAAUGCCCUCAUUAAAGCAGCAGGUGUAAAUGUUGAACCUUGCUGGCCUGGCUUGUUUACAAAGGCCGUGGCCAAUGUCAACAUCGGGAGCCCCAUCUGCCAUGUAGGGGCUGGGGGACCUGCCCCAGCAGCUGGUGCUACACCAGCAGGAGGUCCUGCUCCCUCCACCAUGUCUGCCCCCACUGAGGAGAAGAAAGUGGAAGCAAAGAAAGAAGAAUCAGAGGAGUCUGAUGAUGACAUGCGCUUUGGUCUUUUUGACUAA